AUGAAAGUUAGUCGGCAGACAAUCUCUUUUGACGAGGAAGAUUUGGAGGGGACGAUCCAACCUCAUGAUGAUGCGUUGGUAGUAACAGCACAGAUAAACGGCUUCUUGGUGAAAAGAGUGAUGAUAGAUCAAGAAAGUGGAGCUGAUGUAAUGUACCCAGAUUUGUUCGAGGGGCUUAGAUUAAAGAAUCAGGACUUGGUGAAGUAUGAUACACCACUAGUCUCGUUUGACGGAAGAGUCGUGAUCCCCGAAGGUCAAAUUUCUCUCUCGGUGGAUAUGGAAGGCAAGGAAGUAAUGGUGACCUUUAUAGUAGUCAGGUCGUUCUCGCCGCACACUGCAAUCCUAGGAAGGCCGUGGAUUCACGCAAUGAAAGCUAUUCUGUCCACCCUGCACGUAAAAGUUAAAUUUCCCACCGAGUAUGGAGUUGCCGUGGUACGGGGAAUCCAGAGAGUGGCUAGGCAGUGUCUAGUCACCGCGGUCAGGUGGAAGGGCGAACAGAAGCCCCGAGGAGAAACAGGUGCAGAUGGUGCCGAGGAGGUUUUGAAGAAUGUGGAUGUUUUUGCUUGGAGUCCGUACGAAGUGCUUGGCGUAGGUCCCGAGUUCAUUGUCCAUAAGCUCAACGUGGACCCAUCAUUCCCCCCCAAAAAGCAAAGGUCGAGAAGAGCAUCGAAGGAGCAUGUUGACGCGAUAAACUUGGAAGUCCAAAGGCUGAAGGAAGCAGGAGUGAUAAGAGAAAUAUUCUUCCCGGAAUGGUUAGCAAAUACAGUAGUAGUGAAGAAAAAGAAUGGUAAAUGGAGGGUUUGUGUGGAUUUCACGAACUUAAAUCGGGCAUGUCCUAAAGAUCCGUUCCCAAUGCCCAAGAUUGAUCAAUUGGUAGAUGCUACAUAUGGGCACCCGAGGAUGAGUUUCUCGGACGCUUUUCAAGGGUAUCACCAAAUCGCCCUGGCACCCGAGGACCGAGAAAAGACAGCAUUCAUUUUCCCAGAUGCAAACUAUCACUAUGAGGUCAUGCCAUUUGGGUUGAAGAAUGCCGGAGCCACUUAUUAG